GGGCGCAGACUCACUACACGCGUGGCAGCUCUUCGCCAAGACUGGCUAUUUUGGCCGCCAGUUUGUCAAGACCUUCAGCAUUUCCUGCGUCCAGUGCAGCCGGCGUUUGCUUGGCCUUGCGGGAAAGGCGCCACUACGCAGUCAAUCCAGCUGGAUGACGACUCUGACGCUCUGCGAUUCGCCAUACGACAUUGCUCAGCUCAUGGGCCUGGCCAAACUGGAUGGUCUGCAGAACCUAUACAUUCGAUCCAACAGACCACCGUCCCAAACGCACGAAACCACAUUCUCUGGCAGGAUAUUGAGAGCAUUGGCGAUUGAAGCAAAGGAUUACGGCGCACUGUCCCAAUUGGAAACCCUCUUCGUCGACAACCCGCGAGACGUCACCCUCAACACCUUGCAGUACUUGAAUAACUUCCCGGCUCUGAAUUUAUUCUGCGCACGCGACUGCAACUUCCCGAAGCGCAAAACACUGAUGUCCCAAAUACAGGGGUUGGGCUGGCAUCUUGAUGAGGAACAUGAUGUAGCAGGAUUGUCUUACUAUUACACGACCUUCCAACGCUCUCACGACUCAAAAAGGCCUUCGUGGCCCACCGUUGUGCGCACUUUUCUGGAGCACCGACGCGCUCAAACUUCCGAGAUCAAUCGCCCGAUGCUCAACGUCGAUAUCGUCCCGUACUGCGUCAGCGAGAGCUAUUCGUCGGUCUCAUUGGACUCGACAGCAUUUGCUAGCCGGGUGUUGUGUUUCCUGAGAGACCAGGAGCGAGCAUCCAAAUCCAAGACUAUGCCUGUACCUGAACCACCUGCGAAGCGAAGGAAGCUGAAUACCAAGAAGUUGGGAGCAUUUGACGAUCUACUGCACGGAUUGACCUGUUGA